UUUGGCAUGAUUCUAUAAGGAUGCGGCUAAUAUAAGUAUGUACGUUGGAUUGCUUUACACGACGGCAAUGAACAUACUUUCUGUACGUAUCUUUAUAUAAUUGAUAACGAACUUAUCUGUAAGCAUCCUGUAGCUGAAAUUCGAUCAUAAAUAAAAUUAUAAUUAUUUAAAUCUCCGUUUACCGGUUUUCAAACCGGAGUUUAAAAGUGAUUGUUUACAUCACUAGCUAGCGGCCUCCCGUCAUCCAAAAAAAGUAUCGUUCCUCUUUCUCUCUCUGUCCUUUGUGAAAUAUAAUUAAUUUCUCUUAAUUUUAGUACCUAGACCGUUUUGUAUAUCAAAAUAAGCUGUUAAUUAGAUAAACAAAGGUUGUUUUAAAUUAGAUAAUUGGUGAGUGAUAGUGUAGACGGUGUAAUAGAAUAGAAACAACACGAUCCGAUGCCCGGAAGAGUUCAAUAAACUUCGGAUGUCAUUCCGCCAAGCACAGCCAGGCUGGGCCUAACCGGAAUAUAAAUGUCAUUCGAUAUUUUAUGUACGAUUUUUAGAAGUGAUUUUUACACGAAGCAUUCAUGAACUUAUAUUCUUGCUAUGGAAAAUCAAAACCCACCAGAGCGGACUGUGCCAAUACAGUAUGUUCGGGGAUCGAGAGCUUUUAGACAGUUUAAAAAUCCACCUCAGCCACAUAUGUGCAUUCAAGACACUAUACGGGGUACUUCGGAGAAAUUGUUUAUUAAUGUGUUGGGAUGGCAGAAAAUCGCGAAUCCGAAGCAAUAUUCGGACCCUAUACCGCUUUACGGAGGAAUGCAGGUGCCGCAGGGCUGCGGACCCAACAGCACUCGGCCACCACUCCUGGUGUUUGCUGUGAUGGUGAAUCCAGACAUCCUAAAAGCCAAUGGGAAAAAUGCUGCCCAACCUAGUGACAGAGAGGCCCUGGUGAGUUUGCUCUGCGAUUUUGUCGAGGCUAUGAACCCAGGGCUGGUGCUAGCACGGAACCCAACUAUUUUGAAGGACCGCGACCUGGCGGGUGAGCUCAAGGAUGUGUGGCUCGCGGUACAGAACAAGAGAGAACGGGAAAAAGGCAGCCAGGAUGUCAUGUAUAAGGUUUACGACAUCGACGGUAUAGGCGGCGAGGAGCCGGAAGAGUCGCGCGACCAAGGCAAGAAACCAGUCAAAUCAUCCAAACAGAUACUGCUCAACGCCGGACAGAAGUCGGAGUUUGAUUCCGGCAUGAACAACUGUCAGAUCAAUCAGAGCCAUGUCAAUAAUACUGACAAUACUACGUAUUGUACCCCAGUAUACGGACAAAUAGUUUCAAGCAGAGAAAACCACAAUCAAAUCAACGACAUACAGCAAAAACUCUCAUCGAACGACACCAAACCAUCUACAUCAUUCCGGAAAGACUGGAACACUGUCCACGGGAAGACGCCGGAGGGCUGGGACGAGUUCUCCAAACGGAACAUAUCCACCAUCAAGAGCGGAGAAGACAAGAAAUCUGAGAAGAAAGUCAACGGGAAGCCGCACUACGACUUCUUUCCUGUGUUCGACAAUAAAGAAGAUUCUCCGGAGAACUCUGAGGUCAGUGAGGAUAUUAUAGACUCAAUGCAGAAAUUAGUUCUGCGUUCGACUGAUAAAAAAAAUUGUGAUAAUAAUACAAGUGCUCUCAGCUCUUUAAGCUCGUAGUUCGCUUUUUAGGCAUUGUUUUGAACUAGUCAGGUUCAAUGUGACGGUAACUGACCAUUUGUAAGAUGUUUUUAAACCACAGACACAAAAAUUGUGGCUCUGCUGCUGGAACAGAAGGGUACUUUAAGUGCAAUAAAGACGUUUCCGUCUGAAAAUGCAACAGAAAUUCUGAUAGAAACGUCCUUAUUGCAGAUGAAGCAUAAGGGCCCUUUUCUGAUGGAAAGCCACAAUUAGACUUUUAUUGGCCAAUUUACCUAUAGAUCGCGAGUUAGGCGGGGACUGAUGUUCACGAGACUUCUUUAGACGCCUUCCUGAACCACGUUGGGGAUGAAAUAGGAAUCUGGUGCAUUUAAAUCAGUGAUAGAUGGCUCCCUGG